AUGGGCAUGUAUGAUGUUAUUUUUGGAACGAUGAGAAUCGUCAUAAUAAAACAUACGACAAGAGAUGAAACUAAUAAAGUUCCGGUGCGAAACACGACGAAAAAUAAAGUCAGUUUUUGUUUUAUUCCGUUGCUUGGGGAAAUAAUUGUUACUGAGUCACUUUACAGUGUAAGUAAUUUGACUGUUCUAACGAAUUUAAUGGGAACAACUUGUUAA